UGGCUGCAGCCGCGGCUGCUAGUGCUGUUUCCGCCGCUGGUGCGAGGAGCAGAGACGCGCGAGCCGGGAGACCUCCGAGGCGGCGAGGCAUCGGACAUGUGUCAGCACAUCUGGGGCGCACAUCCGUCGAGCCCGAGAGGAGAUUUGCAGGAACAAUUCAAACUGCGAUAUUGAUCUUGGGGGUGACCGUCCCUGGCCGGCUGUCGGGUGGGAGUGCGAGUGUGCGCUCGCUCGGGAGUGUGUGCGUGUGUGUAUGUGUGUGUGCCGUGUCGGGCUCCCCCUUUCCCCCCCUGUUUUCCCGUCGAGUGAUGCACUUGGAAUGAGAAUCAGAGGAUGGAAAUAGUCUGGGAGGUGCUUUUUCUUCUUCAAGCCAAUUUCAUCGUCUGCAUAUCAGCUCAACAAAAUUCACCAAAAAUCCAUGAAGGCUGGUGGGCGUACAAGGAGGUGGUCCAGGGAAGCUUUGUUCCAGUUCCUUCUUUCUGGGGAUUGGUGAACUCAGCCUGGAACCUUUGCUCCGUAGGGAAACGGCAGUCGCCAGUCAACAUAGAGACCAGCCACAUGAUCUUCGACCCCUUUCUGACACCCCUGCGCAUCAACACUGGGGGCAGGAAGGUCAGUGGGACCAUGUACAACACUGGAAGACAUGUAUCCCUGCGCCUGGACAAGGAGCACUUGGUCAACAUAUCGGGAGGGCCCAUGACAUACAGCCACCGGCUGGAGGAGAUACGGCUACACUUCGGGAGUGAGGACAGCCAAGGGUCAGAGCACCUCCUCAACGGACAGGCCUUCUCUGGGGAGGUGCAGCUCAUCCACUAUAACCAUGAGCUAUACACAAAUGUGACGGAAGCUGCAAAGAGUCCAAACGGAUUGGUGGUAGUUUCUAUAUUUAUCAAAGUUUCUGAUUCAUCAAAUCCAUUUCUUAAUCGAAUGCUCAACAGAGAUACUAUCACAAGAAUAACCUAUAAAAAUGAUGCAUAUUUACUACAGGGACUUAAUAUAGAGGAGCUAUAUCCAGAGACCUCUAGUUUCAUUACUUACGAUGGGUCGAUGACUAUCCCACCCUGCUAUGAGACAGCAAGUUGGAUAAUAAUGAACAAACCGGUCUAUAUAACCAGGAUGCAGAUGCAUUCCUUACGCCUGCUCAGCCAGAAUCAGCCAUCUCAGAUCUUUCUGAGCAUGAGCGACAACUUCAGGCCUGUCCAGCCACUCAACAACCGUUGCAUCCGCACCAACAUCAACUUCAGUUUACAAGGGAAGGACUGUCCAAACAACCGAGCCCAGAAGCUCCAGUAUAGAGUAAAUGAAUGGCUCCUCAAGUAGGGAACAAAGCCAAGAAGAAUCCCACCUCAGUGAAAUGCGACAACUGUGAAUUGACGUAACCUAGAAUGUCCCCCUUCUUGCUUCUCUCUCCUUCCUUUCCCCCCAAGCCUCAUUCACUCUUUGGAUUGGCCCUUUCUUCAUUAAAAGUGUCCACUAAACCAUGGCAGAGUAAUACAUCUACACACACUCACAAAUACUUAUACACACACACGCACGCACAUGCAAACAUAACCUACACACAGACACUCAUACAACCUCUGUGAUGGGAAGUCAAGUUUCAGAAACAAAAAGUUCAUUCAUAAAAGAUCUUAGAAGAAAAUAACCAGUUAACCUGAUUACAAUUUUGUUACCAUGUUCCUGAACUAAUAAAUCUACUCAAUGAGACUUUUCAGCCUUUGUACAUACACAAUUCUUCCAAAAGAAAGAGAAGAGAAAAACACAGCUCUGACAGCAUUAAACGGACUUUGCAUCAAGUAAUCUCAGAUAGUGUCCUAAGACCCUUUGAGGGUGCUGGCAACAGGGGAGCCAGGACAAAGUUGACCUAGGAUGCUUAUUUCUAGAUUAUGAUUCUUCUGUUUACUCAACAAUUUAAAAAGAAAAAAAAAAGGACCGACAUUGAAGAGCUACACAUUGUAUAUAUCACCGCAAACUAUAAAGAAAUGGAAUUAUUUCCCUCUUUGUCACAUAUCUGUAGUAGGAUUUGCCAAGAUCAGAAUUGAUGCAUUUGCUGUUUCUUGUUUUCCAAAGGUCAUACAUUGUGUUUGGUUAUUGUUAACAGCUCAAUAAAUGUGUUUAAUGACUUAAUUUCAUUUUUCUGGCUUUGGUCUCUUCUCCUUUCUUACAGCCUAAGCCCUGGCUCCAUGCAACUGCAUUCUUUGAUUUCACUUGUUCCUUCACCUACAUGUUUUGUUCAUCUGCCGCCAGGUUUUUGUUUUGUUUUGUUUUACUGAGUUUUUGGCAAUCAGGAAUGCAUUUGCUAAGCAAGUAUAAAUUCCACUCCAUGGCUCGAUCAUUCACAAGAAGUAAGCUUCAGCCUGAGACAAGAGACAACAGAUCUCUUGUGUUUCAAAACUGCCAUCCCCCCUGUGAUGCUCCCGUGAAGGAAUGCACUUUGCCUUGUAAAUUCCUGGGAAAAGGGGUGUCUUUUCUCUCCAGGUGCAGCCAGAUUUCACAAAGUACAAACGAAUGCCUUUCUUUUCUUGUUUAUAAUGGUCACUCACUGUGUUUGGUUACUGUCAAGAAAUCAAUAAAUGUGUUUAACAAGUUACCC